GUGGGGGGUUUGCUUGCUUUGAAUCCCUAAUGAGGGAACUGUUGAAGGCCUCGUGGGAAUAAUGCAAAGCUCCUUUCGGGAGAAAUGUCUUCAUCCUCCAUUCAUCCUUCCCCCUACAAAUGUUAUCCGAGCAACAGGCACCCAAUUGGAAAUAUCUCCAGUGCAGAAAGCACGACGACAAACAGUGCAACUCCAAACACACAUGAAAGCCUCGUAUUGGCUACACAAUAGCACGGGGCCAACCGUCCAUUCAUUAAUGGCAAAAAAUUGGGAGGAAAUGGGUUCUGAAAUCACAUUUUCUGAGCUCCUCGUUCUAAGUGCGCGGCCGCAGACUCACAUUAAUUUCCGGAGGGACUAAGUCGAGCGUCAGACAAAGACAGCUUCAUCUUCCUACGGCCAUUGGUUGGGCUGAAAUGAGCCUAAUGGAACGGAUUUGAUGAGAAAAUGUUCUCGUCACGCCAUUUGACGGCAGGCUGUCGAGGACCUUAAUGGGAUGGAGAUGUGACUGGAGCGUUUGGCUUACUGCUCUUGACAAGGAGGAAAAAUAUGAUUAGCUGUUAGAUAAAGCACCAAGGAUACAGGAUGGUGGGGGGGGGUGCACGAGGUGUUUUGUGUCAGUGUUUUUUAACCUGACGACCACUGAUACACACGAGCAACCAUUUUGCUCAUGUUUCGGUGAAUAGAAAACAACAUUUUAGGGGACAGAAGGGGCCCGCCCAAGCCAGUCUAAAAAACGUUACAAUGCUGCCAUCUACUGUUCAAUUUUAGUACUGAAGAAUAAUGCGGUUUUCCCACCAUGUUAAAUCGUGUCCUGCCUGACUGCAUUUGCAAUAAAUGUACAUGACAUCACAAUACAUAUAAAAACGGGAGGGAGUAUAUCAAAAUUUCGUUGCGUAGAAAAACGGUAUGUAGGCCAAACAUGCCGAAUGACUUGUCAUAAAUCGAAGUUUAUAAGACACCGGCCGAGAAAAACGUUAGAGUCUUGUUUUGCCCGGACGUUCCUGAACGCACCGGCAGGUCAGCGGAUGCUCGCAGCCGCUGCGGUUACCGCAGAGCGCCUUUGAAAACUGAAAACAAUGUUUCGGAACAGGAAAGCGGAUGCGUCUCGAUGACCCAACGAUGGUCCGUCGCUCCAGAGACGGUACUCGAAUCGGGACCGACGAGUCCAACGUUUGCGGUGAGGCUGAGGAGAGCGCGCGGUGGCUGCCGCCAUGGAUGCGGCUGUACUUCUACGGAAUGCACGGCGUCACUCUGGAUGUGGUGCUCUCCUCGUUGCGGGAGGUUCUAUCCAACCGGGACCCCAAGUUGCUCGGCUUUUCCUCACCGUGUCUGUGCGUGGUGCAUUCACUGACCCACUUGGCGCUGGAGAAAGUCUACUCGAAGAAGAGGAGCUUUCAAGGGAGGCCUGUGCUUUUCCAUCUGCUAGUUUAUCCUUCUGUUUACAUCGGGCUGCAAGUUCUGAUAGAGAACAUCGGCAACACACUGAGCAAGCAGGUGAGGGUCAUAUCUGGGACGCGCUUGGUCCUCCACUACAUCCUGGCUCUUUAUUUUAGUCAGGUGUUCCACAGGGGGGUGUCCAGGCUGCAGUACAGUCCCCCAGCGGGAUCCCGUCCGAUCCAAAGCGUCCCCGGGUAGGUCCGCUUCUUGUUUUUUGGCAUGCAUGGCUUUUUGGAUGAGGUGGCGUUCACGUCGGUGUUCAACCUGGUGGAGAACCGAAGCCUGACCGGUCACACGUCCCUGUGGUCCUUCCUGAUGUACGGGAGCUGCAGCUUCGUGGUGGAGAAACUGUACCUGCGCCUGCACUUUAAAAGAGGCUGGGGGUUGUGGCGGAGGCUCCCCAUCUACGUCUGCUUCAUCUACACUUGGGAGCUGUGCUGGGGUUUAGGUCUGAGGCAGUUCGACGCCUGCUCCUGGGACUACUCGCACUACCCGCACAACUUCAUGGGACUCAUCACCCUGCUCUACCUGCCCGGGUGGGUCUGCCUGAGUCUCUAUCAGGACGUGCUGUCCAAUAUCCUGCUCGGCAUCAGGUGCGCCAGAGAGGCUCUGCGACCAAGCGCGGACGGCGGAGAUGUCAACGGAUGGCCUCGGUCUUGCAAAAAAAGACUUUGAAAUUUACACUUUGGCUCAGUUGUGCGAGUUGCUUUUUCAGCGUCGCUUCAGACAGAAGACGGCGCUAUGAGGAAGUAAAAAGGGAACGUCUGUCAUUACGGGACCGCAAAAGGUUAUUCUCCAUGUCGGUGGAAACGUUGAUUAUUAUUAUUACAUUGAGGGGAAAAAAGAUGCUUAACAAAUGAAAUUCAAAGUCGGUAUCAGCACAAGGGUGCCUUUUAGACUUCCCUGUCAUCCAAAAACUUUUUUCCUUUGAACUUCAUUCAUUGUAUUCGGGAGAUCAAACGGCCACGUUUUUCUUUUUUCAGUUAAUUGCAAGUGAAAAAUAUACUUACAAUAGCAAAUCAUGUGAGCUUGCUUGGCAGGAUGAACAUUUUUGGUACUUUUAGUAUUGAACAAAUACAAUGGCUUGCAAAAAUAUCCACCCUCUUGAACCUUUUGACCUUUUGUUACAUUUCAGGCUUCAAACUUUAACAUUGCAUGUUCCAUCUUUCAGUUGUUUUUUUUUUGUGCGUGUGUCAAAAAAGAAAGGUUAAAAUAUCAUAUGAGGCCCAAAGGUGGCAAAAGUUCAAAAAGUUCAAGGGGAGGGGCCAUCUAUUUCUCAAGCCACCGUCCAUUCAAAGUUUCUGAAAAGUUUUUAUGUCAGCUGAUAUUUUACCAAGACAGAGUGGACAUGUUAAUCUUGACUACAUCCAACAACGCACAUUCGGUGAUUUAUUGUCAAAAGUGUAAAUAGUAAUCCUGUUUCAGUCUCAUUUGAAUCCAGACAAAAUGCUCGUGGUUAUAUUCACAUGUAAAAAUAAUGCACAUUCAGUUAUUUAAAAAAAAAAAAAAAGAAAAACACACACACACACACGGUCUGAAAUGAAAGAAGCAAAUUUGCGCAAAUGUUUGACCACAUUCUGCUUCAUUUUUAUGAUCAAUGAGGGAAUUCUAGUCCAGCUCUGUCAUUGUGCUAAUCACACUCAAGUCAGGCUGUCAAUCAUAUCCGGCAUAAAAAUAAAUAUCAUUCAUUUAAAUGUGUCGUCACUGUGAAUGCAAUCAUCCCGACGUUGCUUUUCUUGGAAUAUUUUAGUGAGUAUUUGUGCUCGGUUGUUACGUUUAUUAAUUAACUGCACCCACAAAAGAAAAAAUAAUCACUGUGAUGAUCAAAGCAAAUCUCACAAAAUCCUGUGUAUUUAGUAGCCGUCGCAGGUACGGGCCAGAAAUCAAACCGCGAAGUAACAUCUGUUCUCAAAAAGUCACUCAGCAGAACAAACGCAACGUCGAGUCCUAACAUGAGAAACUUGUUUGGAAAGGCCACAUGAGGAAGACCGGUUUUGAUGUGAUGACGUCACUUGCACUGUGGCCAAGUGGCGUGUUAAAUGUUUUUGUAUCUGACCUUGCAAUUUUUCGUUGAAGCAUUCUGUUGAGUUGACAUGAACACGGUUGCCUGCUACUCCAGACUUUGUUCCCCUGAAAACCAACAAAGAAAAUAAAUUAUAGAGCAGAACAUCACGAUAAUUUCAAAUAAUUUAGAGUCAACAAAAUGGAAGCCGUACACUUUCAUUUUCCAUUGACUAAACACAUAACGCACUUUUAGGCAGUUAGCAAGCCAAAAAA